AGAGGGCGUUUCAGUUAAGCUCCAAGACGGAAAUUUUUCUUUAUUUUUCUCUCAUAUGUUUUAAUUUUCGAGAAAUCAUCAAUGGAUCAGCUGAAAUCUCAAGUUCGUAAUUCAUUUACAAAGCUUCGACAUGCUUUGGAUUUGCGCGAAAAACUUUUAUUAAGACAAAUUGAUGUUUUAAAGGGAAACAAUAAAAUUGACUUUGCGGAUGUGAGUUUCCAGGUUGAGCCAUCUGAAGAGAAAAUAUUAGAGCUGUUAAGAAACUAUGGAUCAUAUCUUAACAUCGAUUGUUAUUUGCCAUACUUGGAAAAUGAAAAUGAAGACAUGUCAAACUUGUUCGAGAAGUCUCUCGAUAAUAAGAGAGUAUCUGAAUCGAUAAUCAACUUAACACUUCAAGAAUCACAGAAUCUCAUUUCUAAAAGUUCAAAUCUGGUCACAUUUGUUUGCGAUAAAUUGAAAAUGGAUCCACCCAAAAGUUCACUGGAUCAAGUCAAGGUUAUCGAUAAAUCCAUUGAUCAACAUGGUAACGGGAACGUGAAAUCGAUCAAACCAAAAAUUGAUGCGAAGGUCAAAAACGAACCUGACGACGGCAAGUUGAAACGUAAUGACACAACAACUUCGUCAAAGAAAAAAUCAUUAAAAAACAUUAGUAACUUGACGUUGAAUAAUUCAAACGGGAGCAUUGUUUUGAAGAACAUUUCAAACGUAACUAUAAAUACUUGUAAGCAACCAAAGAUUACAGGAUCAAAGGAGAUUGCCAAUUCUCCAACUUUACCAAAGCAGUGUUCAACAUCCAAGAGCUGUGAAGGAUCAUUUUAUCAAUGUGAUUUUUAUGAGAGGCUUAUUUCAGAAAAUGAAGUUUUGAAACGUUCAAUAGUUAAUCAGAGUUUGUGUACAACAUAUCCUGAUCCAAUUUCAGCUGCUUGCAUGUGUCCGCCAACAUCUACAUCACAGAACAAAAGUGAAUAUGAUGAUUGUACUUAUUCGAUUAACUCCACCGUUAACGAUACAACAACUUCGUCCAUGACAGAAGGAAUUGAAGAUGGUUUCGUGACAGAAAAGAAUCAAAAAGAAAAAAUGUCUGUUGAUCCAUCGAUUGAAGAAAUUACUACAAAAACGAUGGUAGCUGAUAAGUUGAUAACUGAUCAUCCACCAAUGAUUCAGUGUUGGCUUAAUAAAAUGUUAUUGGAAACCGAAACUGAGUCACAUAACAUGGCUGAUAUUUUGGAAGUCACAAUGUUGCAUUUGCACAAAGCAUCAAGGAAUAUCAGAACAUUGUUGAAAUAUUCGGGAAGUCAUUUAAGAAAUUCUCCAAAGUUUAUUUCUUCAAGUGCUAUUAAUUUUAAUAAUUCGCAAAGACAUCAUUUGCAUGGAUAUCAGUCGUUUGGAUUACACAAUUUUAAAACUGUUCCAAAUACAUUAACAUCCAUUCAAAAACAUUUCUAUUCAUCGAAAGGGAAAAAUGAUGAAGAACCUGAAGUUUUGUCAGCUGAACCGGAACCUGAACCACAAGCUGACUUCAUUCAUACGCAUCUACCAGCGACAGUAGCAAUACCUGAGGUUUGGCCUUACUUGCCUUGUAUAGCGACUUCAAGGAAUCCUGUUUUUCCACGAUUUAUGAAAAUAUUAGAAUUUUCAGAUCCAGUGUUGAUAGACUUAAUAAGAAGGAAAGUAAGAUUAAAUCAACCGUAUGUAGGAAUUUUCUUAAAAAAGGACGAAGAAAACAAAAGUGAAGUUGUUCAAAAGUUAUCUGACGUCUUUUCGAUUGGCAGCUUUGCUCAAAUACAAGAAAUGCAAGAUUUAGGUGAUAAACUUAGGUUGGUUGUCACCGCUCAUCGGAGAGUAAAAAUAAAAGGUCAAAUGAUAGAAGAACUUGAAGAUGUUCCAGAAAAACCAACAUCAAUUAAAUUUCCAUUGUUCAAAACCCAAAUCUCCGUCUCACCAGAUGAGUCUGAUGCUGAAAAGAGACGAAGGAAACAUCGAAUAAAUCGUAUCUUAAAUCAUAAAAAACCUGUGAAUAAUGGUGAAACAGAAGUAGCAGCAGCAGACUCCACAGAAGAGCCAAAAAAGCCGAAAGUUGUUACUGAAGAUAGUGAAAUACAACCACUGUUGAUGGUUGAAGUGGAAAAUAUUCAACAUGAAGAGUUCAAACAAACACAAGAAGUUAAAGCAUUAACUCAAGAAGUCAUCAAAACAAUUCGAGAUAUCAUCACAAUGAAUCCACUUUACAGAGAAAGUCUUCAACAAAUGCUGCAUCAAAAUCAACGUGUUGUGGACAAUCCAGUUUAUUUAUGUGACUUGGGAGCUUCCUUAUCCGCUGCCGAUCCUCCAGAGUUACAAGCUAUCAUGGAAGAAAUGGAUGUCCCUAAACGGCUUAUGCUUGCUUUGUCAUUGCUUAAGAAAGAAUUGGAACUUUCAAAGCUUCAAGCAAAGAUUGGUAAAGAAGUUGAAGAGAAAGUCAAGCAACAGCAUAGAAAGUACAUUCUGCAAGAACAAUUAAAAGUCAUUAAGAAAGAACUUGGCAUUGAGAAAGAUGACAAAGAUGCCAUUGGCGAAAAAUAUCGUGAACGUCUCAAGGAUCGAAAUAUUCCAAAACAUGUUAUGGAAGUCAUUGAAGAAGAAUUGACUAAGUUGAGUUUUCUUGAAAACAGCAGCUCGGAGUUUAAUGUCACGAGGAAUUACCUUGAUUGGUUGACACAAAUCCCGUGGGGAACGAUGAGUGAAGAGAAUCUUGAUAUUGAUAGAGCGUCAGAGAUUUUGGAUAAUGAUCAUUAUGGAAUGGAAGACAUCAAGAAACGUAUUCUCGAAUUCAUUGCUGUAAGUGCUUUGAAAGGAUCAACACAAGGAAAAAUUCUGUGCUUCCAUGGACCUCCAGGUGUAGGAAAGACGUCAAUUGCACGAUCUAUAGCGAGAGCAUUGAACAGAGAAUAUUUCCGAUUUAGUGUCGGUGGCAUGACUGAUGUUGCUGAAAUUAAAGGACAUCGAAGAACUUACGUUGGUGCAAUGCCAGGAAAAUUAAUUCAAUGUUUAAAGAAAACAAAAACUGAGAAUCCUCUCGUGUUAAUUGAUGAAGUUGAUAAGAUUGGAAAAGGCUAUCAAGGUGACCCAUCAAGUGCAUUGUUAGAAUUACUUGAUCCAGAACAAAAUGUUAAUUUCUUGGAUCAUUAUCUUGAUGUUCCCGUAGAUUUAUCAAAAGUUCUUUUCAUUUGUACUGCAAAUGUAAUAGACACGAUUCCCGAGCCGCUGCGUGAUCGAAUGGAAUUGAUUGAAAUGUCAGGAUAUGUGGCAGAAGAAAAAAUGGCAAUUGCAAAACAAUAUUUAAUUCCACAAGCGAAAAAGGACAGCGGAGUGACCGAUGAUAAUAUUCUCAUUGAAGAUGAUGCACUCAAUGCUUUAAUUAAAAGUUAUUGUAGAGAGUCGGGUGUUAGAAAUCUUCAAAAACAUAUAGAAAAGCUUGUUAGAAAAGUAGCUUUUAAACUUGUGAAGAAAGAAUGUGAGAAAUUUGAUGUCACUGAUGAGAACCUGCAACAGUUGGUUGGUAAGCCAAUUUUCACACAUGAACGAAUGUAUGACACUACACCACCUGGAGUAGUGAUGGGACUUGCUUGGACAGCAAUGGGAGGUUCAACACUUUAUAUUGAAACAGCGAAACGAAAAUUGAUUGAAUCGGUGAAGAAAGAUCAAACACCAGCUGAUGGAUCCUUAGAAAUUACAGGACAUCUUGGUGAUGUCAUGAAAGAAUCCGCACGAAUUGCUUUAACAGUCGCAAGAAAUUUCAUUAAAAAUAAGGAUGAAUCAAAUAAUUUCCUCGAAUCUUCACAUCUUCAUCUUCAUGUUCCCGAAGGAGCGACACCAAAAGAUGGCCCAUCAGCUGGAAUUACAAUUGUAACUGCACUCAUAUCGCUUGCACAAAACAAGCCAGUUAAAGAAAAUGUUGCUAUGACGGGUGAAGUAUCUUUAACUGGAAAAGUUCUUCCUGUAGGUGGCAUAAAAGAAAAGACCAUUGCUGCAAAGCGAAGUAAUGUUAAGAUUAUUAUUCUUCCUGAUGAGAACAAAAAAGAUUACGACGAUUUACCGAAAUUCAUAACUGAAGGGCUUGAGUUAACAAUUAUUAUCUACUUUGUUUCCUUCUGCCAAAGAUUUUUGAACUUGGCGCCAAAAUUUCGUUAUUGUUUAUGUUUUUUCAUAAGAAGUGCCAAAAAAGCGACUUUACCAUAUUUUCUGUUCCUUUUUAAUUCUGAACUAUUCGGUGGUGACUAUAUUAAAAUGAAUGAAAUAAGUGAUGAAGAUCUUUUGCAAAAUUUAAAGAAAUAUUUCAAUCACACCAAAUUUAAAUCAGAAACGCAAAAAAAUGCAAUCAAAAAUAUUCUUUCGAAAAAGAAUGACACAUACAUAAGUAUGCCUACUGGAUCAGGCAAGUCGCUUUGUUAUCAUCUUCCUGGAGCAAUGCAAGAAAACAAAAUUACGAUAGUUUUCGAACCUCUGCUGAGUUUAAUGAAAAAUCAGUUGGAUUAUUUAAGAUCACUGCGUAUCUCAGCUGAGACAAUAAACUCACAGACAUCUAGUUCUGAUCGUAAUAGAAUACUUGGAGAUCUCAAAGCUAAAAAGACCGACACAAGAUUUCUUUACAUUACACCGGAACAAGCUGCGACUUCAUUCUUCCGAGAAUUAAUGGCACUUCUUGUAAAGUUCAAGAAAAUUGCUUUUGUUGCAGUAGAUGAAGCUCAUUGCGUCAGUCAGUGGGGUCAUGAUUUUCGAAGAGAUUACUUAAAGCUUGGUGAUUUAAGAAAAGCUUUUCCAGAGAUUCCAUGGAUCGCUUUGACAGCAACAGCUCCAAAGAAGGUCAGAGAAGAACUCAUCAAAAAUCUUGAACUUAGAAAACCAUCAUGUCAUCAAAUCUCCUGCUUCCGUUCCAAUUUAUUUUAUGACAUUGCAUACAAAAAUAUUUUAACUGAUGAUUUCAUUCAAUUGAAAAGUUACAUUGAAGAAUGUCUUUCGCACGAUCCAACAGCAGAAGAAUUAAAGCCAGAUCAGAAGCCAUGUGGAAUUAUAUACUGCCGUAAAAAAGACACGACAGAAAGUGUUGCUAAAUCCUUACGCAAACUAGGUUUGUGUUGUGCUGCUUUCCAUUCAGGUUUAAAGAAACACGAAAAAGAUCAAGUUCAAAAUGAUUGGAUGAAUGGUAAAGUUCCUGUCAUCGCUGCUACUGUAAGCUUUGGCAUGGGCAUUGAUAAAGGACCUGUUCGAUUUGUUAUACAUUGGGAUGUCCCUCAAUCCAUAUCAGAAUGGUAUCAGGAAUCUGGUAGAGCUGGAAGAGAUGGAAAAUAUUCAUUCUGUCGUGUUUAUUACGAUCGUGAUGAAGUGCGAAGUAUUCAUUACCUUCUACAAAUGGAAGUCAGUAAUGCAAAAAAUAAAACAAACACACAAUUAGAAAUUGCAAAACAAACAGUGAAAGAAUUCCAACGGAUUUCAGAGCAUUGCGAAUCAGUUUCAUGUCGACAUAAACUUUUUACGAACUUCUUUGGCGAUGAUCCACCCAAAUGUGUGAAUAUGUGUGAUGCUUGCAAGAAUAAGAAAAAGAGUGAAAAGAAUUUGGAAAAGUUUCAACAACUUGCAAGUCAAGUGACUUUGGGUGGUUUUACCAAAAUGCCAGAUCAAGAUUCGGAAGACCUUUAUGAAGGUGGUCGAGCGAAUGCAACGAAAGAAUCUUUUGAGUCUUACGAUGAAAACGAAGGUGGUGGCUUUGCUUCGUCAUUUCGUAAAGCCAGCGAAUAUGACAAGAAAGCAGAAAGAACUUUCAUCGAAAAACAAUUUGCAUUGCGUAAAGCAAAAGCAGCUGAAGCUAUGGAGAUGCUUCCAUCAACAGCAAUGACUCGAGUUAAAGCUGCACAAAGUACCGAGAACAAAGUUAUUGGACUAACAAUCAAAGGACGUGAAACAAAUUUGACACAUAUUGCUGACAAUCUUAAAAUGAGCAUGGAAAAGUGUGAGAAAAUGAAACCACCAGAAAUUCCAGAACGCAAACUUGUGUAUAAAGACUUGGAAGAUGUUGCAAAAGAAAUUGAAUAUGAAUGUUUCACAAACUCAAAAGCUAUAAGCAUUUACCGACGCAAAAUUGGGUUGGAGAUCAUGAACAUUAAGAAAACCGUCGGUUUACAUCCAAAAUUAAAGAAUCACAAUCCAACUAAAAGACAAUCAUUUGGUGGCGAUCAUAAAACAAUUCUGAAUGAAAUGAAGGAACGAUAUGGUGAAGAUGUUGUCGAAGAAAUUGAAAGUGAAAAAGUUAAGAAACAUGAACGUGUUGCAAAAGAUAAAUUUAAACAGUCGAAUCGUGAUGGGAAGAGUCAGACAAAGAUCAACUCGUAUUUCUCUAAAAAUUCUUUCAACGUACCAGACGAAUCAUCAUCAGAAGAAGAAGAAAAUAUCAAACCAGCUGAGAUUAAGAUUGAAACUGUUGAUUUGGUUGAAGCAACAAGUUCAAGCAGCGAUUUGGAAUUAGAAGAAUUAAAACUUAAGAAGAAACAACUUCAGGAGGAGUUGGAAAGCAUAAAAAGUCAACAAAAUGCACAUCAACAAAUUGAAAUUGAAAAAUCAUCGGUUGAAGUUGUUUCAAUCGUUGAUAAAGAAAAUUCUGCUGAUGAUUCUGAUGAAGGGACGGGAUUGGUUAUUGAUGAAAGUUCAAUUGAUAAAGGUGAUGGGUUUGCUUUGGAAUCCAUGAAGCAUAAGCUUGAAAAGGAUCCUCAAGAUAUUGAGCCACCGUCAGCUAAAAAACCUCGCACUGAACACUCAUCAAGUUCAUCCAACUCCGCAAAAUCACAAGUCAAAACUUUAAUUUCUAAAAUGGUUGUGAGCGAGUUGAAUCCAUUUUAUAAAAAGAAAAAAUUUGAAUCAGAUAAUCCGAAAGCACUCUUCAAAGAGAUGGCAAGAGCUGUCACUCAUCACUUCUGUAAAAUCUACUCGAGUGUUGCACCAGAGAAUGUCGUCAUCAAGACUUACAUCUGCGAAAUAUUUUUCCGUCAUAAAACAGUAAAGUCAUCUGAUGACUUUGAGUAA